AUGUUGUCCAGGAAAGGACUCAUUCCUGAAGAUUACUUGCUUACACGUUUGGCCGAGGAUGUUCUGCAGCCCAAGUUCAAGGCGAAAGCGGGCAAGGCUCGGUUCGUCUCCAAGAACGGCACAUGCAAUGUGGCGCAUACCAACAUCCGAGAACAGGGCCGAUUCUUGCAGGAUGUGUUUACCACGCUCGUGGAUUUAAAAUGGCUUCACACGCUCAUCAUUUUCACCAUGUCGUUUCUGUGCAGCUGGCUCCUUUUUGGAAUGAUCUGGUGGCUCGUUGCGUUUGCGCACGGCGACUUGGACCAGAGCGGAGACGACUUUAUCCCGUGCGUAACGGAUAUUCACUCCUUCUCCUCCGCGUUUCUGUUCUCUAUAGAGGUCCAAGUGACCAUCGGCUUCGGGGGCCGGAUGAUCACGGAGGAAUGCGUCUCCGCUAUCAUCAUUCUGAUCGUGCAAAACAUCGUCGGGUUGGUAAUCAACGCCAUCAUGCUUGGCUGCAUCUUCAUGAAAACCGCUCAGGCCAACAGGCGCGCGGAGACGCUCAUUUUCAGCAAACACGCUGUUAUCUCCGUCCGAAACAACAAGCUCUGCUUUAUGGUUCGCAUCGGGGAUCUGAGGAAAAGCAUGAUCAUCAGCGCCACCGUGCGAAUGCAGGUUGUCAAGAGAACCACCACGGAGGAGGGUGAGGUGGUGCCACUAGACCAACUCGACAUACACAUGGAUAACCCAGUGGGUACCAAUGGCAUCUUCCUGGUAUCUCCCCUCAUCAUCUGUCACAUAAUUGACAAGCACAGCCCCCUUUACGAGCUUUCAGCCUCUGAUCUGUUACACCAAGACAUAGAGGUGAUCGUUGUGUUGGAGGGGGUGGUGGAGACCACCGGUAUCACCACCCAGGCCAGGACGUCCUACGUGUCUGAGGAGAUCCUGUGGGGACAGCGCUUUGUGCCUACAGUGUCCGAAGAGGACGGCAUGUACGCAGUGGACUACUCCAAGUUUGGCAACACUGUGAAGGUCCCAACGCCUUGCUGCAGCGCUAAGAAACUGGAUGAGGCAGGUGGCAUCGCUCGGUUUAAACUGACCGAGGGCGUCACCUUGCGGGCGUCAGUAAGAAGACGUCGGGGCUCUGCGGUGGCUCGAAGGUCCAGGCUGGAGACCAUGAAAGCUCACGAUUAAGAGUGUGAAAAUCAUGUCUGCGAGCAUUUUGUAUGAGUGUUAACAGUCUAAGAUUGGUGGUUAUAGAUUCAGAUAAUCAUAUUUAUUUUAUAACAUAAGACAGGGAUUACCUGUAAUCAACAAUCAGCAUAUUCUCUGCAGCCGUAUGCAGCCCGUGCGCACAACAUGCUUUUAUACUCAGGGUCAGCGUGAAAAUGAGAUAGAAUGCACUGAUGAUUAGAAGUGACUGUUGUAUCAGCUUGCCUUUUAUUUAAAGAAAAAAGUGACUGCAUGUGUCCUAAAUAAAUAAAAGAACGCUGCUAGAAAUGGUGUUGUGAAUGGGUCACAAGACGGAAAUGAAAUUAGAACAAUGAGGCACUCCCACAAUUAAGCAAGGCGUUCUCAACAUGCGGAAGAACUCAUUAGUAUAUCCCCUGAUUUUACACAGCAUAAGAUAUAGCACAGUAGGCUGUAGCACUAAAAAAAAAAAAAAAAAAAAAUCUGCACUACAGUUUCUCAUUACUCUUGUCGAUGGCUACAUAGCUGCCAGCUACUCUGACAAAGAUUAAAAUACAAACAGUCAAAGAUCAGGGCUGAAGAAGCAGUCAUACCCAAACCCAACUCUACAGGCUGGAUCAAACUAACCUUACAGUUCCCACAGUACAGUCAAAAGAAUCAUUUACAUUUUAUGAGAUCGCAUUUUCCACUUGCAGAAAAAAGGCGAAAUGUAAAGUAUAAAAUAUAUUUAUUACAGAAGCAUCGUGGAUGAGAUUGUGCUAUACUCAAGUAUGACUUCCCUCCAGUUAGCUCUUUUCAAGUUUCACAUGUAUCCUUCCACAAAGUCUCUCCAGAUAAGCAACCAAAGGUUUUGGCAUUUUCUCCCUAAACAGACAGGCAGCCAGACUGCCCUCGAGGUCUCCACAGAGGUCAAACAGAAGAAAACUGAGUUCUUCACUCUCCAAAAAAAAGAUAUCUUUUGCCUGCCUCCCAUCUUCCAUUCAUUCUAACAAGCUUCUGGUCAUACUAAAGAACCUUUGAUCACCAUUACAAAAGGGUCAACACAUGCUGAGUAGUAUUUUAUCUUAGGAGUGAGGUGGAAACAGAAAUUCCAGUGUGAAGUUGGUGGAGUUCCCAUUAAAAUACUCACAUCAGGCUGCUUCUUCAAUUCCCACAAAAAACAAAAACAAACAAAAGACACAGAGACAGCUGGCAUUUCUCUCUUUUAUUAGAUUAUAAUCCGCAGAGCUUAAAAUAUUAAAUUGCUUUUAACUUAGUUAAUAAUUAAAAUACAUAAAAACAAGAGCCAGAACUGAGGAACCCUGCAAAAAAAGUUAAAAUAAAUAAAAAAGGAGAAUUAUAAAUUGAAUCCUCCUCCAUACAGAGGCUAUUUCUGACAGAACCCGCUUGUGAUUCUUUGUACAGUAAAGUCCAAGCAGACUGUGCAUUUUCUAUACAUGUGUAAUGAUACUGUUAUCAUUUCCAAAGUAAUUUUUCCUCUGAUAUAUAUAUAAAAAAGCAAAUUUAAAGGGACUGGUAAAAAUAAAAUAGAUUUUUAUUUUGCACUGGAAUUACUGGUUUAAACAGCAGAGCAGCGUCACACCAUUGCCCUCACCUCUCACUCCAUCCCUCUCUCCCCCUCUCUGCGCCUGCAGACAUUACCUCAUGUCUUUGUCCUUCUGUGCUGCUGGAGUGAGUGGGUGGAGAUGGUGUUGGUGGGUUAAGGGGCUGCUGCUGUGUGAGACACCAGCAAACAGCUCUGAUUCACCUUAUGCAGGCACCAAUCUGUCUCAAAGUCUCGAUUCUCUGAUAGGAUUAAAUAUCUCUCAUACAAUCUUUAUAUUCUCUUCUCCGUCACCCUGUUUCUGUGGCAUCUUCCACAUCUUUGCUGCCCUCUAAAGGUAAGCUCUGGGAUAUUUUUGUUAAGGGGUUCCCCUGGUGAUUAUUUGACUAUAUUGUAGUUAAACACAAUCGACAUCUGUCUGAGCAGUCUGGUGAACAAGGG